UCGAUUUCUACGGAGAAACUGGACGUAAGAUAAUUUCAAGUGAAACGGUCACAGGAGGUAAGAUAAUUUCAAGUGAAAAGAAAUCUGUCCCACUUUCUUCAAGGGUAGAAUUGAAUAUCAUGGCAUCAUCAUCCAAGAAAAUCAAACUUUACGCAAACAAUCCACCGCGAAUUAGUAAAGAAGAUCUCAUGAUCAUCGCACUCUGGAUGGAAGAUUUUGUCACCCAUGAAGAAGCUGAAAUCGAUGAGAAUAUUAACCAAGUUGGGGCAGUAUUAGUGUCUGCUGACGACAUGAUAUACGCAGCUGACUGUUCACGAGAGGGAGUUCAUGCAGUUGCUAGACUAUUGAUAAAACAUCCAGAAAAAGCGAAAGGCUCCAAAAUCUUCAUGUCUCGAAAACCUUGCCAUCUUUGUGCGAAACUUCUCGUUCAAACAGAGGUUCAACGCGUUUUAUCUUCCCUUUAUCCAGAGUAUUAUGUUUCAUCCAACGAAAGUAAAAUCGACGAAGUCGAUGAGAUGUUUAAGUCAAGCUCAAUCUCUGCAUCAUUGUUUGUGUUUGAUAUAAAAAAGAGCGUCCUUGAACACGAAAAACUAAACAGGCGUUCGUUGAGGAAAUGUGAUAUUAAUCGCAAUAAAAGUCGCAUUAAAAGAAAGUUUAAGCUUAAUCAAUGGAAAUCAGAUUGGCUCGCCAAGAAGCGUGGAGAGCCGUGUGCAAAAAUCAAACGCGAGCUUCCCUGGCCAAUAUUUGAUUUUGGAAUUUGCCGAAGCGUCAAAAAUCAGUUCGACGAUGCAAUAGAAUGGAUGGCAAGGGUAAUUGAUGCGAGUGGAAGGUCUUUAAAAGGCAAUUUCCGGUACUGUCCUCUUUUGCCAAAGGACAUUGAAUUUAGCUCUACAAGUGAAACGCAACCAUUGAGUAAUUUCGACCCUACAAAGGAGAGCUGUCAACAGAAAGCUAAUCAUUUAAUGAUUCUUGCAAGUUUUCUUACUCGACGUACAGAUGAUCCAAAAACAGGAGUGGGGGCCGUGAUUGUAAACUCAAAGAUGGAUAUCCUCUCGUUUGGUUGGAAUGGAUUCCCACGAAGAGCUGUUUAUGGUGAGUUUGGAAGAGGAUCGAACAGCGAUAAAGGUGUCAAGUCGAAGAUUCCCUACGUAUUACAUGCCGAGCAAAAUGCUUUGCUCAUGCGUAAUGGUCAAAACGUGAAAGAUGCGAUCCUUUUUGUAACAAAGCAACCGUGUAACGAAUGCACACCAUUGUUAGCGAUGGAAGGAAUCAAAACAGUUGUGGUGGGCGAAGAAGUUAAAGAAGAUCUACCACAAAAACGAUUAGGGUAUGACAAGUUUAUACAAAAAUUGAAAGAUAAAGAGUUUGUAUGCUUUGAAUCUUAUUAAAGAGAUUCAAAGCAAGAUCGUUGAGGAAAACGUAAGAAUCAGAGUAAAGGCUAGCGUAAAAGCAGUAAAACAAAGAUUUUUUCAAAUCAAUCGGUUAAUUCAUCUCACUUGGGUUAUUUCUCAGCAUUUUGUGUUUACUAUUCUUCUUUUUACCUAUGAAUAUGUGAAUAUUAAAGCCCAGCAAAGUGCUUUUAAAGAGCCAUUUAAUACAAAAAUAACGUAUAAAAGAAAUAUCUAUUUAGAAGCGUAACGUUUCUUUUUGACACUCAAGACAUCAUCAGACAGUAUUAAAUUACAAGUAUAGAGGGAUGUAUAUAUAAUAGUUAUUUACAUAAUAUUAAAUCAUAAUAUUAAAUAA